GUCCCUUCUUCACAGUAACGCACCUCGUCUCCCCGGCCAUGCACCUGCAACCUGAUCCUGCAGCCCCCCCCGUUCUCCUCCUCCUCCUCCCGUCCGCGUCCCCGCCGCUCGCACAGCGCCCGUAGUGCGCACGGAGCGGCCGGCAUGCACCUGCAGAGAGCGCCGCCCCGAGCCGUCGGAGGGCCGCGGUGACUGCGGGGAAAUAGCAGCAGGAGCACCCGGAGCCGCAGCAUGGGCGUGGGGGAGAGCGAUGUGAUUCCACGGGCGUAGGAAGGGUGGGUGGAGGGGACGGGACCCAAGCAGCGUUUUGGAUCGGGAUUCUCUUGAUCCAGUACUUCCUGGUGUGGUUGAAAGGAUGGAGAACCCGGCGGAGGACAGUUCCAACAUGAGCGACGAGGAGCUGCUGACGCGGGGCAAAGAGGAGCUGGUGCGCUGGCUGCGGAGGGCGGAGGCGGGGAAGAGGAGCGCCAUCAUGGACCACGGAGAUCGGAUGCGGGAGGUGAACCGGAGACUCCAACAGCACCUGAACGAGAUCCGGAGCUUAAAGGACGUGAACCAGAAACUGCAGGAGGACAACCAGGAGCUGCGGGACCUGUGCUGCUUCCUGGACGACGACCGGCAGAAAGGGAAGCGGGUGUCGCGGGAGUGGCAGCGCCUGGGCCGCUACAGCGCCGGCCUGAUGAGGAAGGAGGUGUCCAUCUACCUGCAGAAGCUGAAGGAGCUGGAGCAGCGGCAGGUAGAGGUUGUCCGUGAAAACCUGGAGCUCAAAGAAGUGUGCCUCAUGCUGGACGAGGAGCGGGCCGCCGUCGGAGGCACGCCGUUCCCCGGAGGCCCCGGACGUAGAAGCUCCAUUGACAGUCAGAGCAGCCUGUCUCAGCUGGGGGGGACUUUACCGGCGCCUGGGUUGCUGCGGGACGUGGGCGAUGGGAGCAGCACCUCCAGCGGGGGGAGCACGGAUAGUCCGGACAACCCCCAUCUUAAACCCUCCCAUCUGGGUCUCUCAGCCAGCCCUGGAUCGAGGCGCGUCCCGUCAGAGCACAACCACAAACCGGGAGACACGUGCGAAUCCACGGGCAGGAGGCACAGCUCCACCCCAGAGUACAACACCUUCCCCCAGUCCUGCCGCCCCCGCGGGGGCUCCCUCACCAACAUGGACCCUCGUGGCCCUCUGGGCUGCAGCCCGGAGAAACACAGCAAGUCGCCAACGAGGCUACCGUGCACCAACGCCUCCAAACCCUGCAGCUCCCACCGGCUAUCCCACAAACAACUCCUGCUGUCGGGGCAGGCGGCCGCGGGCUUCGGGAAGUCCAGCCCGGAGAGUCAGAGACACCGCUUGGUCAACAUGGCGGGGGUGGGCUGCGGGGGUCCCGAGGCCAAGAUGGCAGUGAUGGGGACCCCCGAGCAGCUGAGGAAAGCGCAGGUGAUUGUGGGUAGUCCAGAGUCUAUACGCCACCACCACCACUUUCAGCACGGCAAGGGAAGGUAUGGCAGCAGCUCCCCCGGCAGGGACGGGGGUCAGAGGAGGACGCCGGGAGAGGAGAUGGCCCCCCACCACCAGAGUCUGUACAACGCUCUGAUAUCGGCUGGUUGCUGCACCAACUCCUGUAGUAGCGUAAAGCUUUGGGAAAGCUUUGAUGCCUCCUAACCCCAACAUGCCUAGUGACCAGAUGCUGCCCUCCCCCACCCCUCAGAGAUUGAAGAAGAGGCAAGCUGGAUAGAAGAGGGAGGCAUGAACAGGGUGGAGAAUGAAA